CACAAAAUGGUGGAGGCUCAAGGCAGUGGGUGAGCCGAGUAUCACUGACGCUGAGAGAUACAGGCACACAUCCAUAAUCUGAAUCCCAGGGCAGGAGACAGAACUGUGCCUCAGCCGUGGUGAGGCAGCAAAUGCAAGACUGUUAUUACAACAUACUGAAGAACUGCAAAAUUUCCGGAUUCACGGUAUUCACGCAUCUACUGCUUGAAACGCAUUUAAAACUGCUUAUUGUCUUUCCCCUUCUGGCGAUGUGGGGAUGGACCAGACUCAUGAACGCAAGAUGAGUUUUGAAGGGGCAGAGGGUAGACCAGCUCCACCCACCUCCCUGCCCCUGCAGGGCCAAGAGGGUAUGUCCUCUCAGAGAAAGAAGCUUUCGGCUCCUCAUAUAAGUCUAUCAUUGGACCAAAGUGAGGAUGACCUGUUCGACACACCAGAUGACCUCGACAUCAAUGUGGAUGAUCUGGACACACCUGAUGAAGCGGACUAUACUGACCAUGAGAUUGACUGGGAAGAACCUCAAGUAUCCCAGAGAGAUUCUGUAAAAGAAGCAGUUGAGCCCAUUCCGACAUACAGUGCUCAGGAGGAGCGGCAGGAUUCCAAACUCUGGAGAACGGUCAUCAUUGGAGAGCAAGAGCACCGCAUCAACAUGAAGAGCAUUGAACCUUAUCAAAAAGUCAUAUCACAUGGAGGCUACUAUGGCAAUGGCACAAGUGCUAUCAUUGUGUUUGCUGCAUGCUUCCUUCCUGACAGUGACAGAGAGGACUAUCACGAGAUCAUGGAGAACCUGUUCUUGUAUGUUAUCAGUACACUAGAGCUCAUGGUAGCAGAGGACUACAUGAUUGUGUACCUGAAUGGAGCCACUCCACACAGGAGGAUGCCUGGCUUAAACUGGCUCAAGAGAUGCUAUCAGAUGAUUGAUAGGAGGCUCAGAAAGAACUUAAAAUCUUUCAUUAUUGUUCACCCAUCAUGGUUCAUUAGGACAAUUCUAGCCAUCACGAAACCGUUUAUCAGCUCAAAGUUCAGCAGUAAGAUCAAGUAUGUGAACAGGUUAGCAGAACUGGAGGAGCUCAUCCCAAUGCAGUACGUCCACAUACCUGAGUGUAUCAUCAGACUGGAUGAGGAGUUACGGGAAGCAGCAGAGAGCUCUAAAAUCCACAGCUUUCUCCAAGGAAGUGAGAUUCCACAAGAAUCAAUAGCUCAACCCAAUGCGAGCAGUUCCUAAGAGCCGUUGGCUGUGGGUAAAAGAAGAAUGUGUCUGUAAGGGAUUUGAGUAUUUCAAAUUGUUAUUAUUUCACACUGAUGUGGAUGCAAUAACUGCAUAAAAAAAGACAAAAGGGUAUUUUUCUGAUUUGGUAUCUCACAGUCCUGGGAUGAAUAGUGCAGCAUCACAUGUUCUUUAACACAAAUCACCUCAAAUGUAAUGAUUCUUCUCACAGAACAGUAGCUUAAACCAGUGCACCGCUUGAAUCAUCCUUUGUCUCUUGUUGUCUUGUAAAAGUUUCUCUUGUUACUUGAAUUAUGCAUGAGAGGCAUUUUAGCAAUAAUAUCAUGUACUUUUCCCCUUGAAGCUCAUAAUUUUCACCGUCAGGUAUUUUUUUCUAAUUGGAGCAUGUACAAAAGCCCUGUAUUAAUAUUAGUGCAUGCAAGGUUAUUCUCAACACAAAGACAAUGCGUAGCACCCUGUUAGCACUGAUGCUAACUCUCUACCCUCUCAUGCUAAAUUAACUACUUGGAGACACAGAAAAUAGAGCACUAGUUAAUUAUUGCCAUUGUCAGAAUCAAUAUGAGUCAGGUUUAAAUUUAAACAAUGCCUCAUAUCACUUUAUAUGUAUCAGUUCACAGUCAGCAGGGAGAAAUCAUUUGUAGUUCUUAAACGUCAAGUGUGUUAUGCUAAAAUGCGUUCUCUAUUACUUUAGGUCCAGGUUGACUUCUUGAACAAUGUAACAUAAAGACUUUUGUGGCUCUUUCAAAAUGUUCUUUCAUAAUUUGAGCAGUCAAACAUGUCUGGCUCUGCCAAUCCCUUUUUAACAGUAGUGGAUAUUGCCACAACAGGCAGCUUAGAACAUCUGUGAAACCAAGUGCUUGCUAAUAUAAAACAUUAUAUUCAACAGUUCAGCAGUGCCUGCUAAAUUUUUCAGCAGCCUUGGUUACGGAAGUAAUUCACCCACUCAUUUUUCCUAUAGGGAUUAAAAAAAAAAA